UUUUCAGUAGUGAACCAGUGAACCUCUUCGCUAAUUUUUAAUGGACGACUUGGGCGUGGCCAUACAUUACACAGCCCACUUGACAGUCGACAUUCGUGCAGGCAGACAGACGUCGUCAAUCAGCCUUGAAUCAGCUGAAGAAGAAUCGAAAACAGUGCACGACCAACCACCCAAAGCAAAGAAGAUAAUGGAUUCCAAUAUGAGAGCUGAGGAAGAAAGCAGCACACCUAAAUGUGAGGAACAUGGUAAUCCCCCAUCAAAGAAAAGGAAGAUUUAAACCGACUCGUCUUUCGGAGCAGUUGCUACUGCUGCUGCUGCUCCUGUCGACAUGUACAAGCGCAAGUGCAAGUUGAUGAUGCCGAUGCCCGAACGGCCGUGGCUGAUUCGUGCCGUCAGAACAGGACCAUCUAACGUCUGUCAUCCAGAAUCUUAGAAAAUUAAGGAUAAAUGAGAUGCACAGGAAGACGUGAGAUCCGUUAUCAUGAAACAAGUUUGUACCCGGUUGUACCGGCAGCUAUAUAGUUACAUCAAACCAACAGUUUUUCUCUUCUCUUCGAGUGCAAAGGCGAGGAAGAUAGGGACCCCUUCAUAGCCGGCCGUUGGUGGUGCUACUGGAUGGCAGGGAUUGUUCCAUCGAGAUGCCCGCACUCAAAGAUGUUGCUACAGUGGCCUUUUGUGAUGCCAAAAGUAUUUACGAAAUCCAUGAAAAGGUUUUAAAUGAAGCUGUUGGAGCUCUUAUGUGGCACACAAUCACGUUGACCAAAGAAGAUCUGGAGAAGUUCAAGGUGCUACGAGUAAUUGUUCGUAUUGGAAGUGGUGUUGAUAAUAUCGAUGCUAAAGCUGCUGGCGAAUUGGGAAUCGCUGUUUGUAAUGUGCCCGAUUAUGGUGUGGAAGAAGUGGCCGAUUCGACGCUAUGUUUGAUCCGGAAUCUCUAUCGACGUACCUACUGGCUAGCUAAUAUGGUUCGUGAAGGCAAGAAAUUCACUGGCCCCGAACACGCCCGCAAAGCUGCUCAAGGAUGCGACAGAAUCGGAGACGAUACACUCGGCAUCGUCGGAUUAGGUCGGAUCGGAUCAGCUGUAGGCUCGCGGGCUAAAGCCUUUGGAUUCAACGUCAUUUUUUAUGACCCUUAUCUCCCUGACGGUAUCGAAAGCUCUUUGGAACUGACCCGGGUCUACACCCUACAGGAUUUGCUUUUCCAAUCAGAUUGUGUGUCUCUCCACUGCACCCUGAAUGAGCACAACCACCAUUUGAUCAAUGAAUACACCAUCAAACAGAUGAAACCAGGCGCCUUUUUAGUCAACACGGCUCGAGGCGGCCUCGUCGACGAAUUUGCUUUGGCUCAGGCUCUUAAAUUCAGAAACAUUAGAGCGGCCGCUCUCGAUGUUGAAGCCUACAACGUGUUCCAAGGUCCUUUGAAAGAAGUUGCCAAUUUGAUUUGCACUCCACACGCCUCUUUCUACUCGGACGUGGCCUCGACCAAUCUCCGGGAAAUGGCAGCAGCGGAAAUCCGCCGGGCUAUCGUUGGUCGCAUCCCCGAUUCUUUGCGUAACUGCGUCAACAAGGAAUAUUUUCUCGUAUCAGGACCCACAUCGUCUGCCUAUGAAACUUUGGGUGCUCCUGGGAGCGGACCCGGAGGUCUUCCCUCUCUUCUGGCUGGAUUGAAUGGUACCAUUCCAGGCGUACCUAUUCAACCGGCCCAUAAUUCCGCUCCUGUUGGUCCGUCAUUGUGACAUGGCAUGACUAACUAUACAUUUUUGUCCAUGGCAUUAAAAUAUAAAAGGUAUUAAAAAGGAGUAAUAUAUAAUAUGAGGAGUCAAUUUUAAUUAUGUACAUUUAAAAAGGAGUAACAUAUAAUACAUUCUUAUCGCACUAA